AUGGAAGGAAACAGCAAAAGGGAAUUCCCUCGUGUUGGUGGGCUUCACCCGAUCUGUUGAAGGAAAAAGGUAGUUAUGGACACUUCCAAGAUGGCUGCCUCUAGAUGUACUGAGUCUAGAGGAGAGCCAGUUAAGAGGCUCCCCAAGAGCUCAGAAGAUCCUUGGAGAACCCAAUUUAGGAAGAUAAAGUUGAUGCAACAUCAGUCAUGACCAUAUUAAAAAGUUCCCUUAGAGGUUAAAUUAGGGAUAACUACUUAGAAGACAGUGUCACCAAAAAGGACACAGUGACCACAAAUUGUAUUUCAGGGCAAUCCAAUAAUUAGUGAAGGAAGUUCAUGCUUUCAUAUUACCUAGAAUUUUAACUAAGUGCAGAAGGAAUAUUUGCAUUUAAAAGUGACCACUUUUAACUACUUUUUACACCAGACCAGGUCAUUCACAUAGGCAGUAAUCACUAGUAACUGCUAAAUUCAUUAGGUGAAGUUAGUGUGAUGGGUAACUUUAUGGGUCAGCUUGAUGGGGCCUCAGUAAACCCAGACAGCUGAUUAAACAUUAUUCUGGGUGUGUCUGCAAGAGUGUUUUUGAGUGAGAAUAACAUUUGAAUCAAUAGACCAAGUAAAGCAAAUUGCUCUCCCUCCUGUUGGUGGGCCUGGUCCAAUCAGUUGAAGGCCUGCAUAGAAGAAAAAGGUGACUGACUCUUCUGCAAGUACCAGGAACUCCUCCUGCUUUACUGCCUUCACCAAGACACUGAUCUUUUCCUGCUUUCACACUUGAACUGAAACCCUGGCUUAUGGGUCUCCAGCUUGCUGUCUUUCAGCAUUCCUGCUUCUCAGGCCUUUGGACUCAGACUAGACCUGCACCAUUAACUCUUCUGUGUCUCCAGCCUGCUCAGUCUCAAUAAUCACGUGGGGUAGCAGCAUCUCCUGAGAGCGGUGCAUGCGCAGCUGCAUGGGGGCAGCAGCCGCCCGGCGGCCGCGGUCUGCGCCCUGCGCCAGGGAACGGGUCAGCGAGCAGCGUCCAUGCUGAGCUGCCCACAGAAAGGCCGCGCGGGCUCGGUCGCCACAGAGAGCAAGCGCCCGGCCGCCGCGUCGCGGAUCUGAACGCGGGACAAUGGAUGUCAUAGAGACGGCGAAGCUCGAAGAGCACAGGGAGAGCCAGACCAGCCACCCUGCCGACACUUACACCAGCCCCACCGAGCUGGCCGAGGAGGAGAGCAAAAAUGGCAGCGACAAAGCCAAGAGCUUGCCCAACGGGCUGCGGAAGGGCGCCAAGAAGUACCCAGACUACAUCCAGAUCGCUAUGCCCGCCGAGCUGCGCAACAAGUUCCCGCUGGAGUGGUGGAAGACCGGCAUCGCCUUCGUCUACGCGCUCUUCAACCUGGUGCUCACCACCGUCAUGAUCACCGUGGUGCACGAGCGCGUGCCCCCCAAGGAGCUCAGCCCGCCCCUGCCCGACAAGUUCUUCGAUUACAUCGACCGGGUGAAAUGGGCGUUUUCUGUAUCAGAAAUAAACGGGAUCAUACUCGUUGGCCUGUGGGUCACCCAGUGGCUGUUUCUCAGAUACAAGUCGAUCGUGGGGCGCAGGUUCUUCUUCAUCAUCGGGACCCUGUACCUGUACCGCUGCAUCACCAUGUAUGUCACGACGCUGCCGGUGCCAGGCAUGCACUUCCAGUGUGCCCCAAAGCUCAACGGGGACUCGCAAGCCAAGGUGCAGCGGAUCCUGCGACUCAUCUCGGGCGGCGGGCUGUCCAUCACCGGCUCCCACAUCCUGUGUGGGGACUUCCUCUUCAGCGGCCACACGGUCGUGCUCACCCUGACGUACCUGUUCAUCAAGGAAUAUUCGCCCCGCCACUUCUGGUGGUACCACUUGAUCUGCUGGCUGCUGAGCUCGGCGGGCAUCGUCUGCAUCCUCGUGGCGCACGAGCACUACACGGUGGACGUGAUCGUUGCCUACUACAUCACCACACGGCUCUUCUGGUGGUACCACUCCAUGGCCAAUGAGAAGAACUUGAAGGUCUCCUCACAGACCAACUUCCUGUCCCGCGCAUGGUGGUUCCCCAUCUUUUAUUUUUUUGAGAAGAAUGUCCAAGGCUCCAUUCCGUGCUGCUUCUCCUGGCCACUCUCCUGGCCACCCGCCUGCUUCAAGUCAUCGUGCAAAAAGUAUUCCCGGGUCCAGAAGAUCGGCGAGGACAACGAGAAGUGCACCUGAGAGCUGGCGGACGCGCCCGCCGAGAAGGCCUCGCUGUAACCAAAGGUAGAGUUUCGUGUUUUCAUUUUCGGAGAACUGACUGGGAAGUGAAGACACGGACCAAGGCGUGAGCGAAGUGGCCGCGGCGCUGCCUGGCAGCAGGUUCACGCUCAUCCUGACAGACCUUGCUCUGGCCUCGCCUUCCUGGUGACUGGCCUGGGGCCUCCCGAGGGCUGGAGAAGGGCGUGCCAAAGAACACACCCUCCCUCAGCCUUUCUCCAGCAAGUUCUCCACUGCGGAAGUUUUUUCAGGAUUCUUUUUCCCUCUGAGAUCAGAAGAUUUGUUAAUGUUUUAAAUAAAACAUCUGGAUCUGUCCAGCUGCGUGUAAAUAGACUCCCUAAAGCUGAGUGGGGCCCAGCACUAGGUUUACCACAGCCAGGGGGUGCUCCCUGGUCCCCACAAGGUUGGUGAGAGGUCUGCCGCAGGCCUGGGAAUGAGCAGCCUGCCCCCUCCCCCAGCACGAUGCCUCACUUUUAUUUUUAUAAUAUAAAGAAAGAUGAUCUAAGUACACGAGGAAAUGCCUGGCACCCCAGGGAUGCGGGUGUGGAUGGCUCACUCCCAGGGCUGUGCUGUGCCUGGCAGUGGGCCCCAAGCCUGAGCCUGCAGGCGUCGGCAACAGCACUCAUGACCUGGGGGCAGCCGCCAAGAGGUUGGGUCAGAACUGCGGACUGGAACUGAGCGGCCACGUCCUCGCCUCCCGGCCCCGAGCUGCUCAGGACCCGAGCCAGGCGAGUCCUCUGGACCCUGCAGCGAGGCAUAUGCCCCCCGCUCCUGCACUUGGUUGGGAGCUCAGGGCCCCGGGACUCAGUUUCUAGAGUCCUUUCAGUUGAUGCAUACAAGCUGGACUAUGACGGUUAAGUUCUGAUCUGAUGCUGUCAGGUGUAGGGAUUGUUGAAGGCGACAGGAUAUUUUCAACAAUCAUUGGCUGAAUUUCUUAGGCUUUCUAGUAACCUUAGAGAAACACCAAAGACUCCAAAACCCCGGCCACUGCGUCAGGGCGAGGCCACAGGGUAGGAGGUCCGGUCCCAUUUCCACUGGAGGCGAAGUGUCCUGCGCUUAGGAUGGAGACCACCCCAGACCACUUCUCGGCAGCGACAGCUCGACUCCGUGCACAAACCUGACCUUUCGACUGUAAGCACACUGCAGACCCGCUCAGAAGAGCCACCCCCUCUGGUGCUACAAUCCUGCACGUGUUCGUGUGGCUGCUCCCCAGGCAAGAGGCACGAAGGCCAAGGGGCAUUGCAAAACGCAGGAGGAGAAACCCCGCCCGGAUUAUUUCCCCAAUGCGGAAAUCCUGACCGCCCUCGGCCGGCGCUUACCUGAGGUGCGUUGCCACUUUGGGCGCCACCUUCUUGCCUCCCCCUGUAUUAGCCACUGACGGGUGCCAGCGCAGGCUGCCGCGCCAGGAGCGCUCAGGUGAAAUCAGUGGGCCGGGGGUGAGGGCAGCGUCCACCCAGCCCAGCCGGCGUUUGCCCUCUGCCGCAUUCCUCCAGCAGGUUUUGGCCCUGUGUUCCUGCCAUGUUUAUUGCCAGUUCUCACAGAUGCCAACAAAGCAUGUGGUUGGAAAAAGGGAGGGUCGGGUGAGGGUAGGCGGCUACCUCAGAGUUUCCAGAUAGCAGAAUGAGAGGAAAAGUGGAAUUCACCUAGGGAGGAAGGCGAACCUGAGGCCUUCCCAGCAAGCAUGCCUCUUGGAGGUGGACGCACCAUUGCAACCUCGCCUUGCAGACACCACACCUGGGAGCUCCUUGUCCUGGCUCCUCAGGAUACAAGGUCUCCCAUUAUGCACCUUUUUCUAAACCAGCGCUCCUGUGUGAGGCCUCCCUGUAGUCAAGGCCUUUUGUGCAAUCUCCCUAGCAUGUAAUUCCUGCUGAGGAGGCCAUGCAGUCUAAAUUCUUCAAAUGGCAAUCCUCUCAGAGGGUAUUUUUUGAGCUCUCCCUUUAGCUCAGAAAAUACAGUAUUAUUCCCCCAUUCCACCCGACCUCAUUUUGGAUCUGUUAUUUAAUUUACUGGCAUCUCAGGAAACAGAUUUUGCUGUGAAAGAAAAGCUGUUGAGAGUGAGCCAGCGCUGGUUUGUGCACAGAUGGGAAACGGGCUCUUUGCUAUACUCUAGUGCCCCAUGGUGGACGCGAUAUGACUUGCAACACUAACUGGCCAUUUUUAAAAGUGUCUUCAAGAUUUAAAAGGCUUUUUGUUUUGUGUUUUUUGUCAGUCACCUGAAAGCAUCACAUGCGGGGAGUGAUUUUACAAAUAUUUGAAACCUUACCAAAGGGAAGUGGGCUUAUAUCAUCAGGAAGUGGCAAUUCUAAUCUUUUAUCCAAUUGAAGAAAGUUUGCAGACCAUUUUUACCUCUAUCACGGUCAUUAAUGUAUCUCCCUUUAUAACUUAUACACUUUGUUUACUCUGAAACACCAUGUUGACUGUUAUGUUUUUUGUUUUUUUUUUAACAUGAAACUCUGCUGCAACUCAAGUGGUUUCUUUUUUAAAGUUCACAUUUUGUUCCUGAAUAUUUGGAAUUAAUUUUUUAAGUCCUUUUGUUGUUUUGCACUGUAAAAUUGAUUACAAAUUUAAACUAAUUUUAAUACACUCACUUCUGUAGGGAAAGGAAGUGUGAGCAGGUUUCCUUAAUCAAUAAGUUUACAUGUUUAAAUCAAGCCUAUUACAGGUAAUAUGCCAUGUGUCCUAGGCUUUUCUAUUUCUGAAGAUUCCUGGUAUUUUUUAUGUCAUUUGUUGCAAUAAUUUAACUUCUUUGGCUGACUUGCUACAAAUAUUUCUUCUAUUAAGAAGUGCUCUUGAUUUCACUACCUAAAUACUGAAAAUCAUGUCAGAGGUACCCAAAGAUAAUCUUUUAUAUAGAUACACACCUUGUAUGUUGAUUUAUUUUAUUAUUUCUUAGUUCAGCUUUGCUGUGUUCUACAUAAAUCAUGGCUGAGAAUUUUUUUAUUGUGGAGUUAAGACUACCAUUUAAAAGAAAAAAAUAUAUAUAAAUAAGCCAAUUUCAUUGCCAAGUUGGAAGUCAUUAUUUAAGUUACCUCCUAUGCAAUGAUUAAUGCUGCAGAAUGUACAGUUAUGUUACAGUAUACUCAUAAAAGAAAUACUACAAGGUUCGAGAGGGAGGCAGUUGCAUUCUUUCAGAAAUUUAUUGUAGUGUUUUCAAUGUGUUAAGUGCCUUGUUGUAAAGUAAAAAUUUUAGUCUAAAACUCAUUAUUUUCCACAUAUAUUUUUCAUGAUGACAUAUACUGAUGCUGUUACACAGUUUUGUUUCAGUGCUUCUGUUUAAUCUGACAUGGAAGCGUCAAACUCUUCUCCUACCCUCUGCCCCUUAAGCGGUGGCCUGUGGCACGGAUUUAGAUCCAGCUUCUCAUAGUAGAAGGGAAUUGUCUUUGUUCCGGACUCUGUUUGCCAUGCUGUCCUUUCAUGUUAUAAAAACAUUUCAGGAGGUAGGUAGGGGUGUAACUACAGUUUGUAUUUCAAAAUGCUAUUUUGCAUUGACAUUUUAAGUGCCUAAUUGUUAGUUAAAAGUAAUUUAUGUUUCUAUUUUCCAGAGAAUAUGUACUUGGUUUCUAAUCUCUUUGGCUUUGCAAGAGCCUGUACUUUGUAUUUACCUAAUAAACGCCAGCAACACCGAUAGUCUUUUCAAAA